AAGCAUGAGAACCUCUAGUGCACAGUAGAUCUCGAUAUAAACGUGAGACUGUUAUCCUUUUGAUGAUGUCAUAUCUUUGAGAAGCUGGACUCUGAAGCUGCUGUGAAAUUGAGGGUGCCAGUGUCUGACCUGAGCUCAAGGUUUGAAAUGUGCAGCACUCAACAGGCUCAUCCGUCCAACUGAACAAAUGAAUAACAAAGGACCUCUCACAGCCACCAGGCUCCGCCCCGCCCAGGCACUUCCGCCCACGGUCUAGACCCAGACCUUCUGGGAGAGGAAGUCUUCUGCGCAGGCGCCGUGGGACCGCAAAGCUUUCUGGGUAAAGAUGGAUGCCCACGAUCUGUUUCGCCGGCUGGGCGCCGGGGCCAAGUUCGACGUGAGACGCUUCUCGGCGGACGCAGCACGAUUCCAGAUAGGAAAAAGGAAAUAUGACUUUGAUUCCUCGGAGGCACUGCAAGGACUGGACUUUUUUGGAAGUAAGAAGUCUGUCCCAGGUGAGUGUGGAGCAUCAGGAACUUGUCAGGAGCUACAAGAUGAAGAGAAAAGAGAGGAGAGCCUCCCUGAAAGGAAGAGGGAGCAGAACAAGAGAAAGAGGAAGAAGAUGACUUCAGAAGUUACUUCUCAAGAAGUUUCUACUAUACAGUGGAUAUCAUCUGUGGAAGCAAAGAUUGAAGAUACAAAAGUUAAAAGAGAAAAAAAACUAACUUCAGGAAAGUUGGAGGAGCUCAGAAAAGAAAAGAUAAACUUCUUCCGGAAUAAACAUAAAAUUCAUGUCCAAGGAACUGAUCUUCCUGACCCAAUUACUACAUUUCAGCAACUUGAUCAGGAAUAUAAAAUCAGUUCUCGACUGCUUCAGAACAUUCUAGAUGCAGGCUUCCAAUUACCUACGCCAAUCCAAAUGCAAGCUAUUCCAGUAAUGCUGCAUGGUCGAGAACUUCUGGCUUCUGCUCCUACUGGAUCUGGAAAGACUUUGGCUUUUAGCAUUCCAAUUUUAAUGCAGCUGAAACAACCCACAAAUAAAGGCUUCAGAGCCCUGAUUAUAUCACCAACACGAGAACUUGCCAGCCAGAUUCACCGAGAGUUAGUAAAAAUAUCAGAAGGAACAGGAUUCAGGAUACACAUGAUCCACAAAGCAGCAGUUGCAGCCAAGAAAUUUGGACCUAAAUCAUCUAAGAAAUUUGAUAUCCUUGUGACUACUCCAAAUCGACUGAUCUAUUUAUUAAAGCAAGAUCCUCCAGGAAUAGACUUAACAAGUGUUGAAUGGCUGGUAGUAGAUGAAUCAGAUAAACUGUUUGAAGAUGGCAAAACUGGGUUCAGAGAUCAACUAGCUUCCAUUUUCUUGGCCUGCACAUCCCACAAGGUCAAAAGAGCUAUGUUCAGUGCAACUUUUGCCUAUGAUGUUGAGCAGUGGUGCAAACUCAACCUGGACAAUGUCAUUACUGUAUCCAUUGGAGCAAGGAAUUCUGCAGUAGAGACUGUAGAACAAGAGCUGCUCUUUGUUGGAUCUGAGACUGGAAAACUUCUGGCCAUGAGAGAACUUGUUAAAAAGGGUUUCAAUCCACCUGUCCUUGUUUUUGUUCAGUCCAUUGAAAGGGCUAAAGAACUUUUUCAUGAGCUCAUAUAUGAAGGCAUUAAUGUGGAUGUUAUUCAUGCAGACAGAACACAGCAACAGAGAGAUAACACAGUACACAGCUUCAGAGCAGGAAAAAUCUGGGUUCUUAUUUGCACAGCCUUGCUAGCCAGAGGGAUCGAUUUUAAAGGUGUGAACUUGGUGAUCAACUAUGACUUUCCAACCAGCUCAGUGGAAUAUAUCCACCGGAUAGGUCGAACUGGAAGGGCGGGGCAUAAAGGAAAAGCUGUUACAUUUUUCACUGAAGAUGAUAAGCCAUUAUUAAGAAGUGUUGCCAAUGUUAUCCAGCAGGCUGGAUGCCCUGUACCAGAAUACAUAAAAGGUUUCCAGAAACUACUCAGUAAACAGAAGAAAAGGAUGAUUAAGAAGCCUUUGGAAAGGGAGAGCAUUUGUACAACUCCAAAAUAUUUCUUAGAAAAAGCUAAGGAAAAACGGAAAAAGGUCACUGGUCAGAACAGCAACAAGAAAGUAGCUCCUGACGACAAAAGUUAAAAACAGACUUUUAAAAAGACUAUCACAAAGGUAAUUUUAUGAUUCCAGCAUGAAUGUUGUUUUCAUGGAAUACAUCAUCUUAUAAUCACCUGUACCAGACAUUUGAAAUCAACCACAAGAAUGUAAGACGAGUGGAAAAUGAUCCUAAACUAUCAGUGCAUCAUGUCAAGUUUCAAUUUAUAGGUGAUUUUUAAAUGAUUGUGGAAGCAACAUUCAUUGACAUUGGUGCAGUUUGAAUCCAGAGAGAUACUUCUUAUAGAAGAACAAAAGCUUAUGCUAAAAAUACCAACACCCAAAUGUGGUGAACUCGUGGAUUUUUCCUUCAAGUGUGAAGAAAGGUGUGGUGUAUGCUGUGGAGAGGCAUCUGGAACCACGUUGCAAACUAAAGCUUCCAAGAUUUGAAUGAACAUCCCUUCCCAUCCUUUUUUUUUUCCUUUUUGGAUGGACAAGAAGCAGCACAGCCUACCCAUCAUGAAUAAACAUACUGCUGUCUUUAA